GCUGGGGACUGGAGGGGAUCAUUUCCAUGGACCAUCUGUCUCGCUGGCUACCCACACAACAAAGAAGGACCCAGGAUGGUGUUGGUACACGUUGGAUAUCUGGUUCUCCCAGUCUUCGGCUCAGUUAGAAAUAGAGUAUCGAGGCUGGCUCUACAUUCCGCAUUUCUCAGACCUUUGUCCCCCUCCAUUGUGUAGCUAACGAUCAUCUGCUGCUGUCUGCCGUAGCCUCUGCCUGUUCUCUGCAUCUAGCUGUAUUGUGAACCCCUUCUUCCUCAUUUCCUCUUUCCAUCUGAAGACGACAUUGGCAUUAAAACCGAGUUCCCACUCAUACCGUAUCCUUCUGUGUAACAGACUAAAGAAUAACACCUUCUGUAGCAAAAACACUCUGUCUUUAUUUAAACUGUCAUGUUGCUCUUCAGUGAAUAACCCAUUGUAGCAUUAGACUUUACUACAGACUGUCAUUGUGAUUCUCCCAUUCAGUGUGGAUAGACUACAUUCUGCUGUAAAUUUCUGUAAAGUGGAUACAUUUUGAUCCCCCCCCUCUCCUUGAUUCGAUUACAGCCAGGCUUAAUCGAACUCCUCUAAUAUUUGCCUCCAUCCCCUAUUUGCAAAAGGUGCAUUGUACCAGCAUGAGCACUUGUAUGAUCACCUUCUCUAAACAAUCUUAAUCAAUAAUUAAACAAUUGGCUAACACUUGCAGAGCUAAACUCACAGUAACCUGUGUGAUGCUAUGUUUCCCUUUUGAUGGUCCACUGCACCUGUUAAAGUGGAGUCCAAACAGCUGCUCAUAAUCCUAUCCAUAUGUGAAAGCAUUUGUUCCUGCUAGCUUAAUUGAUACUGCACAUGGGCAAGACUCUGGUCUAUCUCAUCUUGCCAUUUUAAAAAGUCUAAAACCCCCCUUUCUCAAUCCACUACCAUGAACAGCCCCCCUCUCAAGUCUUUCCUCAGACACCUCCAGAAUGCUAUCCAUUUUACAGGGAUGUGUAUAUCCUGCACUGCUGUAGAACUCCUUUUAGAAUGAAAAUGUCUUUUUUAUUCUUUGGUUGUGGUUUUUCUACCUUAUGUUCUUGUAUUAGAUCCUAAUGCAUGGUCAUUUUAUACUUUUGUUUUUCCACAUUGAACAGCAGAUUCCAAUGUAAACUUUGUGUAGAGUUGUCCCUGCUAUACUGAACUGUGCUGUAAGCAUACACAUCUACUCAUUGGAUGCUGCUUCUGUUCUGUUAACCCUACAGAGAGCAUGGUUGGGCCUUGCCUUUGGUCUUUAUUUGCAUGAUAUUAUUAUUCUUAUUAUGGUUAUAUAGGUGAUAUUACUCUUAUUAUUACUAUUAUCACACAGUGCCACACAUACUAAUAUUUUCCAAUAAAGACUGUAGUUUUCUUUCUAACCUUCAGUGUGCUUUUUGCUGAUUUCCAUGUGUUCCUCCUCCUCCUCCUCCUCCUUCCUCCACACUGUGCUGUCACUGAGACGGUCCCCUCACUCUUUUUAUGUGCUCUCAUUUCUCAGCGGCCUUUGACAGAGUCUCCUGAACUUGCUGCUCGGCUUAUGACUAGGGGCAAACACAAUUUCUAUACAUAAUAAAAAGAGGACCAAAAAAAAGCAUGAUUAUUCUAUAACACGCCGGCAUUGAAACUGAAUUCCCUCCUAAUCCAAUCACUUUGGUUUAUAGCACAAAAACACAGCCUCACUCACAAUCACUCGAUGAUGUUCAUUGGUGUUAGAUCAAAUCAAACAACAUCGGGUCCAAUCGAUGGCGUCAUCUGUCAUGGAGCACACUUCACCAGGCAUCAGCACAGCCAUGCUACCUCCUGCCGACACUUUCACCUGGGCGCUCCCCAGGCACCCAUCUCAGCAGAGUUCCCCUUGGGAAAUGCCGGCCAGCCGCCUCAGACCGGCCUGGCCACCCACCUGCCUCCGGCGCACCACCCGCCGCCUCCCCUCACUGCCCUGCCCGCAGCUCCUCAGUUCCAGGAUGUGCCAGGGCCUCCAUUCCUACCUCAGGCCUUACACCAGCAAUACCUCAUCCAGCAGCAGCUUAUCGAAGCGCAGCAUCGCAGGAUCCUCCCUCACUCCAGAAGGACCCAGGAGCGCAUCCCUCUGAACCCUCACAGACUGCGUUCAGGCUACGACUACUCCCCGCCCCUUCAUGUUCCUCAGCCAAUGACACAGCAGCAGCGGUACCUGGCCGAAGGCACAGACUGGGAUCUCAGUGUCGAUGCUGGCCUUCCUCACCAUCAGUACCAGCUCCAGCAGCUCCCGCAGCACUAUCAGCAUUACCUGGCCUCUCCUCGGAUGCAUCACUUCCCCAGGAACACAUCGUCUGCACAAGUGGUUGUGCAUGAAAUCAGAAACUACCCAUACCCCCAGCUGCACCUGUUGGCACUGCAAAGUCUGAAUCCUUCAAGGCACGCCACCGCUGUGCGAGAAAGUUAUGAGGAGUUGUUGCAGUUGGAGGACCGGCUUGGGAGUGUCAGUAGAGGAGCUGUUCAGACGACCAUAGAGCGGUUCACCUUUCCACACAAAUACAAGAAGAGAAAGCCCCUGCAUCUGAAGAUUGGAGAGGAGGAGGAGACAGAUGUGGAUGAGAAGUGUACCAUCUGUUUGUCCAUGCUGGAGGACGGAGAGGACGUCAGGAGACUACCCUGCAUGCACCUCUUCCAUCAGGGCUGCGUCGACCAAUGGCUGGCCACAAGCAGGAAGUGUCCAAUCUGUCGAGUUGACAUCGAAACACAGCUGAACCCCGACAGCUGAUGAGAUUCAACCCCAUCCCCCCCCCCCACCCUACCUCCUCCCUGUCAGUCACACUCAUGUGGUUCCUGCUUUCUUCCACCUCCUUCCUCCCGCCCCCCCCCCCCCUUGUCGGGUGCUUUUGCCAAAUGUCUCCAGACAUCAUGUGACAUCACCACCCCACGUCUUCUGACUCACGCUUUAACUGAGCCAAGCCAGGACAGCCAACUGCAAGAGAGGCCGCAAAGGACUCUCUUUAUAAUGAAGCACAUCCCCUCUGGAGGCAAAAGACACACACAAACACACACAUAUACUCAUGUACACAGGGUUUACUUGUAGCUUGCUGGUUGUAAGUGGGGUGUUGUUGCUGUUGUGGUGUCGUACUGUAGGUAGCCACGGGCUGUGUAGCAUGUCCUCAAAGCCAUGACUUUAUGUCCUGAGAGUGGAAAACGCAUAACCCCACACUGAGCUGGCUACUUUCUCUCUUUCUCAAUAUAUAAAUAUAUAUACAAAUAUAUAUUUCUCUUUUAAAACACUUCAAUCAAAGUGAAUAUUCUGCCACACAAGAAAAACGAAAUGCUCUGAUGCCAUGUUUACCUAAAGAUCAUUUGUGGUCGUAGUAGAGUAGCAGUAACCAACAAGUGAUAACCUGGUGCGCUGUUGCUGCACUAGCUAGCUAAGUGUUUUAAUUCUAUCAUGCAGCUUUGACCUUUUGCAAUAUAUUUACCUUGGGUUGGUGUUGUGUGAGUAGGUCUCUUUCACUGCUGUGGAAGCCAAGCCAAGUGAUCGAGUUGUCAUAUGUGUGUUUUUAAAACUUCAAAAUAGGUAGAAGUGUUUUUACCAAAAUGCAUUUUGUCACAGUGUAGCUUGAGCCUCAAGCAGGUUGUGUGUAUGUGUGUGUGUGCUCUGCCCUGCUGUGUGUGUGUGUGUAUGUGACUUCAGGAAUGUGUUGAACAAAUGUGUGUAUGUUCAGAAAGUGCAAAUGUGAGUGUGUGUGCUACACCUAAAACUUGUGGUAGGUUAACAGCAAGGCCACUGGAGUGCUUAUACAACACAAAGCCAAAAAAAAAGGAUUAAAAAAAGGAAACCGAUGUGCGCUGCAGAGGAAAGUGGGAGGAACAUUUAGCUGCCCUUUUACCUGCAUCUUCAUCUGGCAUCUGGCCAGCGGCAGAACUGUGUGCGCCGAAAAAAAUGCAUGUUUCACUGUUGACUUGGGUGGCUGCUUUGGUAGAGUUUCUGCGAAACAGUACACAGAUGGCUUUGCAUGACUUAGUUAAUCUGAGCUGUGACUAUCUUCUUAACACAAACAAAAAAAAAUGAGCACGGUGUCAGCGGCUGCUCCACUGACUUGUAGCGUGUGUUCAUCCAGUCCCCUUUGGUGGCAGCCCUGGAAUCCUCUUUUUGAUGUUUACCUUAAUGCCUAAAGAACAAGCACAUGUGACAAUAGUUAUAUAGGAACAAACAGUUUUUUGGUAUUGCAUUCGGUUUAUAUUUAGGUCUAGAUUCAUGCAGUGUUUUCAGCAGAGACAGGAGCUUACGUAUUGAUCUUGUGUAUUCGUGUGACAGACCUCCCCUCGUGGUUGCUAUGCUGGUUGCUAUGCUGUAUUGCUAGAACAUUUAGAACGUGGUGAGACAGAGGCAGCCUCCCUCUCGCAGUGCACACAGACAUGAGACGGCGCAUCAGGAGGGAAGAAAAUCAGGCUGUUAAGAUAAGUGGACCCUCUUUCUCACUACUUAAGCUGUGUCCCCAACAAAAGUACUGUUCAAGCCCACAGCAAAGUAAAAAAUACUACGUCAAAUAAUGUUCAAAAAAACCACUAAGUCCUUCUACUUUCUUAAGACCCUGGUCACUGUGCCUGAAGCACAUUGCGCAUAUUUUUAAAGUAUCAACCCUUGAAAGGAAUUGCUAGACUGGCUAGUGUCCCUUCUGAAAAAUAAUUCCCUUUAAACCAAGCUACUGGUUUAAGCUACUUUGGACAACAACAAAAAAAUAUUCCCAGAGACCAUUGUUGUCUUUGUUUCUACAGAGAUUUAAAGACACUAAAGAUUAGGCAAAUUAGUCUUCUGCGGUGAGAAAGAGACUUCAAAAUGCUGCAAGUUCUUCAGAAACUUUAAAUGUUCAGCACUUCAAGUCCCAACUUAAGGUACUGGUUCUUUCAGAAAAUCUCACCCCCUACCUUUGACCCUGGUCCCUGCCUUUUUAAUACAAUGCAUAUCUUCUGUAGUCUGUAGUGAUUGAAAAAAAAAGUUCCUGCAGUGGAAAUACAUUAUUAUUUGGACAAAUUUGGACCAGGGAUUGUUAUUCAGGGAAUUACAAAGUUGUCUGCAUUUCCUCCAGUUUCUGAAGACCCUUGGAAGAUUUAUCAAAUUAAUCGGAUGAGGUGAGCAACACUUAUGCUUCCUGCGAGUACUUCCGAUUAGAACUAUAACUCACAACUGUUCAGUGCUACAACUCCCUCCUCAAAGUACCAGUACUUUCAGAAAACAUAACCCUCUAGAGACACAUUUUGGAGAGAAGAAUAAAGUUCUUGGAACCCCAAAGGUCCUGUAUAUUUUAGCCCCUGGGACAUUAUUUUGACCCUUGUCCCAGUUGAGGAAACAAUAUGUACCUCCUUAGGUUCCUACUUAUUGGGGAAAGUUCUUGAGGUGGAAAUGUGGCAAAAGCCUGACCAGUUUUCCUCCUGUUUGAAGACACUCUACUGUUCUUAUCAACGAAAGUAAAGGAUUGAGCCCUAGAGGACCAUUUGGCAAGGAUUAGUUCUCCCUGUCUUGUGCACUGCCAGUGUUGAUUCUGCCUCCUCCUGUAGUGGAGUCAUCUUUGAUGAAGUUUUCAUAGUUUACACAGGGUGUUGUCAGUUGAAAUGCCUUAAGUAUUUAACAAUCAUAAUUUAUUACUAACUGUAGAUAUUGUGGGUAUGUAUUUAAUUUUAUAUAGUUUUCUUUGCGGGAUGGGCGACUGAAUCAUAAUUUAUUUAUUUAGAAAUAACAAAAAAAAUGGUAUGAAAAAAAACUAUUACCUCAUUUUUGCAUUGUUUUAAAUGGGAAUGCUUUGCAUGCAGUUGUACUUUUUGGAACACUAAAGUUAAAGACGCCCUGCUGUUUGAUCUCGACAAGCUGGCUGUGCGAUGUCUACUGUCAAAGUCUGAGCAACUGAGCCCGCUCUAUUUCUCUCUCUCUCUCUCACUCACUCUAUUUCUCUCUCUCUCUAUCUCUCUCUGUCUGUCUGUCUGUCUCUCUAUCUCUCCCAUGUGGUGCUGUGAAUCUUGGUUACAUUCCAUUCAAUGCAAUUUCUCAGAUCCCCCAUGCUGUGAUGUAGUGGACAAACUGCAAUGAAGUGAUUUUUUUUUAUUUUUUUAGUUUGUGUCUUUUUCUUUUUUUUUGCACUCACUUGUUUAACAAUGGGAACCCUCUCACUGGCAAAAAGUUAGUUUAGAUAAUUUUAAUAUUAUCACUAAACACUGUUUUUUUUGUAUGCUCUGCUUCUCACAAUGCACUAUGGGUCUUUACGAUCAUCAGUGAAGCAUGUUCCUUCAUUUGAACUCUGUCUGUCUUUGAUUUUUGUCUCCCUUGUGUUUCUCUUCUUCUUCUGUUCGACUUAAACAUAACAAGUGCCUCGCUUUAAGUGUUAGUAGAUAUUUUUCCAUAUUUCUGCAACCAUUCAAAAACAAUCAGUCCAUGAAGCCACCAUGCCUUAUUGGUUGCGUAAUUAAUUAUGAAGAAGGAGCUAAGGCAACAUUUGACAGGAGUGUACAAAAGCCAUUAUACACGAAAUUCAAGCAAAAUAGCUGCUGGUUUGUUGUGCUAAAACAUUACAUCAAGAGAAAAAAAAAUAGUUCUUUAAAGAGGCAUGUUUGUGGGCUUUACAAAUACUACAUAAAUUCUACUUAAUUUAUCUCUGUUCUGUUUAUCUUUCUUUUUCUUGCUACUCUUUUUUAUUCUACCGUCCAUCUGUCCUCUCAGAAUCGGUCCUGUUUCCUUUCACAGUCUAAAAGGAAGGCAAGGAUUUAAAAGCACAACCUUUUCUAAAAAUGCAUGUUUUCUCAGGUUUCAAUAUAGUCUCAAUGGUUUCAUAGUAUACGGUGAAAAUAUAUACAAAGAAUAUAACAGGAAAAAAAAGAAGAAUUUUGUUGCUGUUUGAAACUGAAAAACAAAGCUGAAGAGAAAAUAUCCCAAAAAGUGCCAGUGAAAGGGCUGCCGCCAUCCUUGUAUGAAAAUCUGCUGUUUUAGCUGUGACUGCGCAAUGUUUUUCAAUAUAGGAUAUUUUAUCUGAAAAUAGAACUAUUUAUCAUUAAUAUUAAAGCAAUAGCGCAUUAAUGUGAUGAGUGUGUUGAUCAAGAAAUGGAUGAGCAUAUUAUGCGUAAAUGUUAGAUUCACAUGUGGUGGAAUUUUGUACUUUAUUUAUUAUUACUAAUAAUAAUGAUAAUGAUUUCAAGAGUUGCAUUGCUGAACCCAAACUGUUCUUAUUUUAUUUUAACUUUAUUUCAUGGCUUGUAUAUUAUCCUUUUGUAUGUGCUCUUUUUGUAAUAAAUUGGAUAAAAUGGA